AUGAGUGGCAGUGAUAGAAGAGACCAGUUAUACGAUGUGUUGGGGGUGACAAGAGACGCGAGCGUGCAGGAGAUUAAAACUGCUUACAGAAAGCUUGCCCUGAAACAUCAUCCAGACAAGUAUGUAGACCAAGACUCAAAGGAGGUGAAUGAGAUCAAAUUCAAAGAGAUCACUGCCGCUUAUGAGAUCUUAAGCGAUCCAGAAAAGAAAUCACAUUACGAUUUGUAUGGUGAUGAUAAUGGUCCCGCUAGUGGCGGUGGCGCUGAUGGGUUUGGAGAUGACGAUUUUAUGAAUUUCUUUAAUAAUUUCUUCAAUAAUGGAGGUCACGAUGGAAGCAGUUUCCCCAGUGAGUACGAUACAUAUGAAGAGGACAAGUCUACAAGCUCCAAGGAUAUCGAUAUCGAGAUAUCUCUUACGCUGAAGGAUUUGUACAUGGGCAAGAAGUUAAAGUUUGAUUUGAAGAGACAGAUUAUUUGUAUGAAAUGUCAAGGCUCUGGUUGGAAAUCAAAGAAGAAAAUUCACGUCGCACACGAGGUAGAAUGUGAAUCUUGCGGUGGAAAAGGUUCAAAAGAACGUCUAAAAAGGUUUGGGCCAGGUUUGGUAGCGUCGCAAUGGGUAAUAUGUGAGAAAUGUAAUGGUAAGGGAAAGUACACUAAAAGGCCCAAGAAUCCGAAGAACUUUUGCCCCGAUUGCGCAGGCGUGGGGCUUCAUUCAAAGAAGGAAGUUAUCACAGUGAACGUGGCUCCGGGCCAUCAUUUUAACGAUGUUAUUACAAUCAAGGGGAUGGCAGACGAAGUAAUCGAUAAGACUACAUGCGGCGAUUUAAAGUUCCAUCUUAUUGAGAAACAAGAGGACUUAGAGCAGAAGCAAAUCUUCUUGAAGAACUUUGACGAAGGCACCAGGAAUGAUUUGUAUAUAGGCGCCACCGUAUCGCUAAGCGAGGCCUUGACAGGAUUUGAGAAGUUUUUAACAAAAACGUUCGACGACAGGUUACUAACAUUGAGCGUUAAGCCCGGGAGAGUAAUAAGGCCUGGUGAUGUCAUCAAAAUUGCCAAUGAAGGUUGGCCUAUUCUAGAUGACCCUCGUGGCCAAUGCGGCGAUCUGUAUGUUUUCGUUCAUAUUGAGUUCCCACCAGAUAACUGGUUCAAUGAAAAAUCAGAAAUGCUAGCAAUUAAAAUGAAUCUGCCGUCUUCUUCAUCUUGCGCUUCUCAAGCGACUGUAAAUACUGAAGAUGACAGCAAUAUGAUUAAUAACGAAACUAUAUCUAAUUUCCGGAUCAUUCACACGGACGAUCUUCCGGAAGGGAUCAAGACGUUCAAUCCGGAGUCCCAGGAUUCAACGCACUGUAAAGCAAGAAGUUCGUACUGCUCUAUACAAUGA